AGCAUGUUUACAAGAUGGCGGAAACAUACGCAAGAACUUUGAUACAGCAAGCUUUAAAAGCUAGGUUGCAGGUCACACCAAAGACUGAAACAGAUGAAGCUAAGUUUGUAGAGAUUAAAAGAGGAGUUGUAAUUUAUGUAUGUUUCUUCAAAGGUUGUACCAAAGAUGUGGUGAAAAAAACCGCCACUUGUUUGCUUAAUGUGAAACUAAGUUUCUGUGACACAAGGCAAAAGAAUGUUUCAGUAUUAGAUCUUCCAGGCGAUGUGUUGAUUGUCCCACAGGCGACACUUGGUGGUAAAAUGAAAGGCAAAGCUACUCAGUAUCAUUCAAAUAUCCCAAAGGAUGAAGGACAGCACUUAUAUGAUGAAUUUGUCGGAUUAAUCAAGUUUCUAGUUGAAGAACAUGGAGGUGGUAACGGGAAAAGUGUUCAGUGUGGAACGUAUGGAAACAGACAGGUUCUGUCAAUGGAAACAAAUGGCCCAUACACCCAUAUGUUUGAGUUUUAGUUUAAGGUCGUUGAGACGUUAGAUAUUUAUCAUAUUAAAUAUGUAUUCUUGUCCUAUUCUCUGUAGCAUACUUGCCAUUUUCAAGAAUUUUCCCUGCAUCUUUCUUCAGAAGUUUUGAUUCCUCUCAUUAUAAAUGAGCCCUUUUAGCAUGAAUAUUUUAACAAAGUUAAUUUUGAUGAAAAUUUUGUGUUGGUUGAUUUAGAAAGAUAAGGGUUUAGGAUGAUUUAGGCAUUGCAUUAUUAAUAAUAUGACGUCAUCAGUUGUAAGUAUUACCGGCUGUUGUUAGUAUUUAACCGUCUUUAUGUUAAUGACUUUUGUCCAAGUGUCAAUAGAUUCUAUAUGAAUAACGUUCCAGUGUAUUUAAAACAAAAUUUUAUAGAUAG